AUGCAAAGACAAAAAACCAAUCCCGAAAACAAGUUCAAAGAUGGAAACUCCUAUGAUAUUCUCCAAUCUUACAGAGCAUUAUAUUUCAGAUUAUCAUCACAAAAGAAAAUCCAAGAAACUAUUAAUUUAUUAGAAUCUGGUUGUAAAAAAUUUCAAGAAUAUGCUCAAUGGAACUGCGCAGCUGAAUUAGCCAAAUUAAUAGUUGAAACUUUUAGAAACUUCAAUAUUCCAUAUGAUACUGAUUCAAAAAACAAAAUUGAAACAAUAUUUAAAGGUUUUAAAGGUGAAUGUCAAGGUAAAAUUGGAUUUAUGAGAGAGGCAAUCGAUUGGAGUUCAAAGAACAGUAGCAAUAAAAAAGGUGUACCAGAAUUUCACACUUUAUUAGCAAUUUCAUUAACUGAAGAAGGUGAUUUUAUUGAUGCUCAAAAGCAUUUCAUUUUUGGUAACUCACCAAGCGAAUUUAACAAAAUGUUAAAAGAAUGGACAUCAGAAGUUGACGAAGAAGAAAAGGAUCUUUAUAUUACCAGAGCAAUUUUUGGCUAUCUUUGCGUAAACAAUUUAAAAGAUGCCCAAACUCUUUUCGAUUUAUUCACCGAAGGAAUUACUGAAUUUUCACCACUUUUAAAUUACGACCGUUAUCUUUUAUUAACUUUACAGCGUGAUGCUUUACCAUUAUUCAAUAUUUUAAAGCAAAAAUAUGAAAGAUCAUUAAAAAGAGAUCCACAAUUCUUUAAAUAUUUAGAACAAAUCGCAAAUGUAUUUUAUAAAGUACCAAUUUCAAAUCAAGGUGGAUUAGGAGGAAUGUUAUCAAGUUUAUUAGGUGGUUUUGGUGGUAUGGGCGGCAUGGGUGGUAUGGGUGGUAUGGGUAGUUCAUCAAUCGAUAUGGAUACAUCUGCCCCAAUGGAUGAAAUGGAUUAA